GCAGUGUGAGUUAUGUGCGGGAAGUGUUUGAGAAUGAGAGGAUUACAUAAUAUGAAUACUAAAUCGUGUUACUUUAUUUCUCGAGUUGUUAUUGGUCUAUUAUUACCAUUAUGAAUCUUUCAUAUCUAACACUGUAUAAAUAUUGAUUCCAAAAGCUAAGAGAACUGAAGGAAAGAUCCAACAUCACAGGAUCUGACUCCACUUCCAUCUUCCCUCUCUUCCGUCUCAUCUUGCUUCCCUGCAUUAGUGCGUGAGGAAAGGCAGUUUGUUGCUAUGAUAAAACGAGACCCUAAGUUAUGUCAGGCACGUCAUUCCCGCACAGAGAGAGCAGAUGAAGCCAGAGAGGGAAGAUAGAGAUGGUGGAUGACUUAUGAAGCGUGGUGGAUGACAUGCAUUCCGUCACUCCGUAUGAAAACCAAGUGCCUGAGGAGAAAGUUGAGGCGAGGUUCGUGAUGGGAGUCGCAGCGCGGUGAGGGGCAGGAAGGUCCCGGGGGGAAGGGGAAGGGACGCGGGGAGUGCCAGAGGAGAGAAGAGCCUCACGUAGAUGGCACCAGCGGGAUCUCACGCUACCGUAGGAAAGGAGGGGGAGGGGGAAGGAAAGCUUUGGGACUGGGUGGCGGUGGUGGACCUCAGUGAAAGUGUUGACCAACGUGGGAGUGCGCAUGCGCGUGCGUGGCCCGGUAUAUAGCGUGAGCGGGUGGGGCUGGCCGCGAGUGUCAGCUGCCGGACCCUCACAUAAUGGCUCGCCUUUGGUACAUGUGGAGCACCGCCGUGGUUCUGGCUGCCGCCAGUGGCCUGCGUGCUCCUUUCCUGCCACGUGAGCGCCGCCAGAUCGCUAACAGCUUUGAGUUGGAGCUCACAGUAGAGGAACUAUGCAAGAACAAAGCAGCCAACGAGUUCUUCCGCCUGCCAGACACUAAGGACUGCCGGGAUGUAUUCAGAUGUGACCGCAGCGGGCGUGUCGGACCCAUCCGGCUGGCAGCCAUUCGCUGCCCUACACAGCUGGCCUUCGAUGUGGACCGCCAAGUGUGUGACUGGAAGGCGAGAGUCAAGAAUUGUGACAAGCUGGAGAAGCCUGCUAAAGUGAAGCCGCUGUUCAACACGGACGAGCCACUGUGCCCACAGGGUCAGCUGGCGUGUGGCGACGGCGUGUGUCUACCCCAGGCCUUGUUCUGUGACGGCAACUUUGACUGUGACGAUGACUCCGAUGAAAAUGCUUGCAGUGUGGACGAGGACCCUAACCGCGCCCCGGUGUGUGACAACAAGCAGUGUGUGUUGCCGGACUGUUUCUGUUCCUCGGAUGGCACGCGCAUCCCCGGCAACCUGAACCCUGACCAGACGCCGCAGAUGAUCACCAUUACCUUCUCCGGUGCCGUGAACGUGGACAACGUGGACCUAUACCAGGACAUCUUUAAAGAUGACAGAAAGAACCCCAACGGUUGCCAGACCAAGGGCACUUUCUUUGUCUCCCACCGCUACACCAACUACUCUGCCGUUCAGGAGCUGCACCGCAAAGGUCACGAGAUCGGCGUCUUCUCCAUCAGCAACCGCGAGAGUCCAGACUACUGGACGCACGGCACCUACGACGACUGGCUCACCGAGAUGGCGGGCGCCAGGCUCAUCCUGGAGCGCUAUGCUAACAUCUCCGACAACUCCAUCAUCGGGAUUCGCGCGCCCUACCUCCGUGUCGGCGGCAACACGCAGUUCGAGAUGAUGACUGACCAGCUCUUCAUCUACGACUCGUCCAUCACGGCGCCCCUCAGCUCGGUGCCGCUGUGGCCCUAUACUCUCUACUUCAGGAUGCCCCAUAAGUGCCACGGCAACGCCCAAAACUGUCCUUCUCGCUCCCAUCCGGUGUGGGAGAUGGUCAUGAAUGAGCUGGACCGCAGAGACGAUCCGGAAUUCGACGAGACGCUGCCGGGCUGCCACUUCGUUAGUUCUUGCACUAACAUUCGCACUGGGGAGCAAUUCCAGCACUUCCUGGAACACAACUUCCAGCGUCACUACAGGACCAACAGGGCGCCUCUCGGUCUGCACUUCCACGCUGCCUGGUUGGAAAGCAACAAAGACUACAAGAAGAUUCUCACGAAAUUCAUCGAUGAAAAGACAUCCCAGAACGACGUGUACUUCGUGACCAUGCUGCAAGUGAUUCAGUGGAUGCAGACCCCCACCGAGGUCACCGCCAUCAGGGACUUCCAGGAGUGGAAGGAGAAGUGUGACGUCAAGGGCUUGCCUUACUGCUCCCUGCCCAACACCUGCAACGUCAAGAGCCGGGAGCUGCGAGGCGAGAGUUUCAACCUGUUCACUUGCAUGGACUGUCCCAGGGAGUACCCGUGGCUCCUUGAUCCGACUGGUGACGGCCUCGACCUGGUGUGAGCCACUGGCGGUGACCGCAGACACCAAAACACUAGUGUGAAUGGACAAUACGCCAAUCAAGACAUUUAGCAGGGUAGUUGUACAGUGGAGUACAAACGAGGUAAAUUUCACAAAGGACGGAUUUACCUUGUUCUGUUCACCUGCCCACCACAGCAGCACGAAGUCACUCCAAAGACAUGAGGAAAAUGACAAAAGAUCCCAGAGCAUGAACAUUGCGCUCCCGUGGCGACGUGAAGGACCCCCUCCUUCACCCACCCAUACACCCCCUACGCGGCUGGUCCGACCCUCACUCUAGUCCCGUUCACGUUCCGUUGUGCCAGUGUCUGAGGACCGCCACGCCCCCUCUCCAAGGCCUCCGCCGCCACACUCACACCCGGCAAGACUGCUUCUUUAUAAGGUUCCACCGCCUCUUAGCCUCUCAUGAUGACAGUCUGACAAUCAUCACUUUAUCUUAAUGUCUCAAGUAAAUUCAAUAAGCAAAGAUAAAACGACACCCAAUAAAAGGUGUUAGCUACGCCUUUUUUUCUUUUGAGGUGUCUUUCGAAAUUAUACAUUUAGUUUGCAAUAGGCAAUCUUUACCAUUCCACUAGCAUGGUUUAUCCUUAAGCUUUAUAAAAUACUGCAAAAUUUAAGUAUCAGUUGGAAAGAAACCCUCGCACGAAAAGGAGUCAUUCAGUAAUUUAAAUUUUCGAAUGCUAUAAUUUUAUUUGCUCAGUGAAAUCAUGCAGUCACUUGAAUGGGAGCAGCAGGUGUAGUGUCAUUAACCUAUUACUCCUAAACUUUUUUUUCCUAAUCACCAAUACAUUCAUACACUUGUUUUUGUACUACAGUCUCCUAAGUAACUGUGUAGCCUAGAAGAAACAAAAUGAACGUG